CCCCUCCACUCAACCCUUGCCCCACCCCAGACCUUCCCAUACUAUUUGUUCUCUGUGUCCAUGGGUUAUGCAUGUAUGCAUAUAUAUGUUCUUCGGUUAAUCUCUUCCUGUCCUCCCACCCUACUCCCACUGAGAUCUGUUAUUCUGUCCUGUGCACACAUACCUCUGGACAUAUUUUGUUUGUCAGUUUAUUUUGUUCAUGAGAUUCCACAUGUAGGUGAGAUCGUGUGAUACUUGUCUUUCUCUAACUGGCUUAUUUCACUUAGCAUAAUGGUCUCCAGAUCCAUCCAUGCGGUCUCAAAGGGUAAGAGCUCCUUUUUUACAGCCUCAUAGUAUUCCAUGGUAGAAAUGUACCACAGCUUUUUUGUCCACUUGUCUACUGAUGGGCACUUGGGCAGUUUCCAGAUCUUAGCUAUUGUAAAUUGUGCUGCUAUGAACAUAGGGUGCAUAUAUUCUUUCUGAUUGGUGUUUCAGGAUUCUUAGGAUAGAUUCCUGGAAGUGGAAUUGCUAGGUCAAACGGCAAUUCCACUUUUAAUUUUUUGAGGAACCGCCAUACUAUUUUCUACAGUGGCUGCACCAGUCUGCAUUCCCACCAGUGAUGUACUGGGGUUCCCUUUUCUCCACAUCCUCUCCAACAUUUGUUUGUUGAUUUAUUGAUGGCAGCCAGCCUGGCAGGUGUCUGUUUGUCCUUGGGAAAUGGCAAGUUUCUCAAUAGUAGAGGGAUCCACGACGGGGGGAGCCGUUGGCGUGGUGGUUGGUGGUCGCCGGUGCUGGCCUGGCCUCCAGCCAGGAAGGCCAGGAGGGUUUGAGCAUGAACAUGGCAGAAGGGGACACCCUGAUAUGGGUGGAUUAUGAGGUUUUGGGAAAGGUGCAAGGGGUGUUUUUCCACAAGUACACUCAGGCUGAGAGUAAAAGGCUGGGAUUGGUAGGCUGGGUCCAGAAUACAAUGCAAGGACAAUUGCAAGGUCCCAUCUCCAAAGUGCGUCAUAUGCAGGAAUGGCUUGAGACAAAAGGAAGUCCCAAAUCGCACAUCAACAGAGCAAACUUCAACAAUGAGAAAGUCAACUUAAAGUUGGAUUACUCAGAUUUCCAAAUUGUAAAAUAAUGCCCUGAAUUCAAAUUUUCCAAGAGAAUCUCAGAGGUUUUGCUUUUCUUGUUAAUAGAGAUAGAAUCAUUCUGAGUAAUAUUAGAAUUUGUCAGUGAGUUAUUUUAGUUUCAGACACCUGAAUGUUACUGUAUAUAAUAUGUAUGAUGGAAGGAAUGAUUACAACGGUACACAAUUCUCAUAAAAACACAUCAGAAAAAAGAAAAUAGUAGAGGAGUCAU